AUGGUCGCGAUCGAACCAGCGGUCUCAGAGGAGGAGCUGCCCCCAGCUCCAGAGAAGCCGGCGGCGUCGGAGGCGAGGCAGAUCUACGUUCGGCGCAACGUGGAGCUCGCGCGCUACGGGCGCGCCGAACGGUGCCCCGGGCGCGACGCGGUUCGAGGAGGCAGGGCGCCCCGCGCUCACAGCGGCGCGUGUCGGGCGCGGAUAGAAGCGGCCAUCCUCGCGGACAACGGCAAACGCGCCGACUUCUUGAAGGAGGUCAAGAAGUUCAGAGGUGAAAAGAUCGACGUCGAGAGGCAGGAAGCUGCGGCCUCGCCGCCCGCAGGGGGCGCGGCGGGCGCGGCUGCAGGAUCGGCCGAGGCGCCUUGCGAGGCGAGCACCGCGGCGGAGGCGCCGCCGCCGCGCCCGGUCGAGGCCGCGAAGAGGGCGGCCGAAGACUCGGAGCAGGUUGCGCAGGCGAUGGAGAACGCAGACUUAUUCAUGGACUCGCGCGACGGGCGCGAGUCCCAGAACGUUGCGGAAGACGCCUCCCGGAACAUUCUGGACAGCCGGCCGCCGAAGAGGAUGCGCACCAUCAUGGGCAUCGUGAAGCACGAGGUGCAGUCCCUAGGGGGUCGGUUUAGCGAUGUGAAGUUCGACCCGGGCGACGUCAGCGAGGAGCAGCUGACAGACGGCCUGGGCGUCAUCCACGAGUACCCGCAUUCGGCGAGCAGCGGGAAGGAUCCGAGGGUUCAGGCACGAUUUGCGCGACCUGACGCGCGGUGGGUGCGCAAUGACCAAUGCGCCGCUGGCCAGACUACGACCGACGACCGCGGCGGGGCGGUCCCAGCGAGGAAAACGGCAGGGUGGAUCACGUCCAUGCGGGAAGUCGCCGAGGAGGUCGGGCGCUGUCAGUGGUGGGCCGACGUGAACAAAGGCGAUAGCGAACGCAUGGAAACGCGGCCGAGGCUAGUCGCCAAGGAGUUCGAGUGGCGAGACCCGCUCAUGGAAGGGAUCUUCGCGGCGAUGCCGCCGCUGGAGGCGCCGAGGUAUGAGGCAUGUUCUAUCGUGGAUGACCACCAUCAGAAGGAGAGGAUGCUGGAGGGCGCCAAGGAGGGUUUCGUCGGGCCCCUGAAGCGGGCGAUGCACGGCGCCAGGGACGCAGCCCACCAGUGCGACAAGUUCUCCAGCGGGUGCAUCCAGACAGCGGGGUAUCGCACAGGGAAGUCUUGUCCGCGCAUUUACAUCCACUCGAGCGAGGAGAGCGUCGGGUGGAGGCACGGCGACGAGAUGGUCAUGGUUUUCGGCGGAGAGGGCGAAGUCGUGGACCGGGCGUUCAAGGUGCUGCGGAUCCCCAUGAUAUUGAAGCUGCGGGCAAGGCUGGGGUUCGACAGCGGCGACGCGAAACACAUUUCCAUCCUCAGCCGCUUGCUCACUUUCGAGGUCUGCGACGGCAAGCACGUCAUUCGCUACGAGCCGGACCCGCGCCAUGCUGAGAUAUUGGUCCUAACGUUCGGGUUGAACCGACCGAGUGCGAAGAGAGUCUCGACCCCGGGCGAAAAGUCUGGUGACUACGACGACGACCGCGAGCUCGACAGCGGGUUUGCGACGACAUACCGAUCUGGCACGAUGAGGCUGAGGUAUCUUGAUCAGGAUCUCCCUCAUCUCCAGUUCGUGGCGAACCGCGUGGCCCGCCACAUGGCGAAUCCAGUGGUGGGUGGUUUCAACAGGAUGAAGAGAGUUGCCAGGAUCCUCAAGGCACGCCCCAGAUGGGUGGUCAGCUUCUGGGAGCAAGAAGCGUCCACCAAGAUUCCGGUCAGGUCAGAUUCGGAUUGGGCUGGCGAUGUGUCGACCCGCAAGUCGGUCAGCUCCGUGCGCGUGGUCUUCGGGAGCCAUUUGAUCCGAGCAGUUACCAGCGCGCAG